AGCUGCUAACUGGAGAGAGAGAGAGAGAGAGAGAGAGAAAGAGAGGGGGCAUUGAGUAGAGCGCGAGAGAGAAAGAGGACUGCGCCAAAACCAAGGUCCGGAUUUGUGACGUCAACGGGAUCCGCAGACCUCUUUGACAGCACCGAGGUGGGGGGGUUGAUUUAAAACCAGCGUCCUGCCGCCACCUGGUUGUACAUCGAUACAUCGCUGCGUUAUAAAUCCCGAUUAAACUCGUUUGUUUUUAAAGGGAAUCCCACGACUGCUGCUUUCCUCGCUGACCGGCGAGGACAAACAACCAGCGGACCAGCCACUAAUCCCCGAGACGGUCACAUCCACGGUGUGGAAGGGGGUGCUCGAUCCAUUUUCACGAAAAUGGACACAAGGGGGCAAGCGCCAAGUGGAAUAAAUGAGUCGAAGUAAUCAUCAUCGAAGGGGUUUAAAAAAGCGAAGCUGAAUGUCCAUUUGGUCUUUAUUAUUGUCAUUUGACUGGAGAUGGGGGUUUUCGCGAGCAGACAAAACAUAGGCGUGGAAGAAGUGGAUAUUCCGUCCAGUUCGGUGUACCGUUACCCACCGAAAUCUGGAAGUUACUUUGCCAGCCACUUUAUCAUGGGCGGGGAGAAGUUUGACUCCACCCACCCUGAAGGUUACCUGUUUGGAGAAAACACUGACCUCAACUUCCUCGGGACCAGACCAGUAGCGUUCCCAUACGCAGCCCCUCCACCUCAGGAACCGGUGAAGACGCUACGGAGCCUUAUUAACAUCCGCAAGGACACACUGCGCCUUGUACGGUGCAGCGAGGACCUAAAGUUGCCGGGCGAUGACGAGGCGGGAAAGCAGCGGGCCUGCUACAACGUGGAGUUCACUUUUGACGCCGACACGCAGGUGGCCAUCACUAUCUACUACCAGGCUAUAGAGGAGUUUCACAACGGUGUGCCAGUCUACCUGCCCCAGGACAGCUCUUUGCAGUCGGAGACGGUGCACUUCAAGAGAGGGGUGAGCCAGCAGUUCUGUCUGCCAUCGCACACCGUCAACCUCAGCGAGUGGGCAGACGAAGAGCUGCUGUUUGACACGGACAAGGAGAUCUUCCCCAUGGCGGUGCAGGCCGUGGUCGACGAGGGUGAUGGUGAGUUCUGCUACGAUGCGGUGGUGUUGCAGGUGGAGCUUCAAAUUACGUUGUUUUUAUGUUUUCUGUAUGCAGAACAUAUGGGGCACUCUCACAUACUGUUAGCCACGUUUGAAAAGCACAUGGAUGGCAGCUACUGUGUGAAGCCUCUGAAGCAGAAACAAGUGGUGGAUGGAGUGAGUUAUCUACUACAGGAGAUCUACGGGAUAGAGAACAAGUAUAACAGCCAGGAAUCAAAGGUGGCCGAUGACGAAAUCAGCGACAACAGCGCCGAGUGCGUAGUGUGUCUGUCGGACGUGCGCGACACACUCAUCCUGCCAUGCAGACACCUGUGUCUCUGCAACGCAUGCGCCGACACGCUGCGUUAUCAGGCCAACUGCUGCCCCAUCUGCAGACUGCCCUUCAGGGCUCUGCUGCAGAUCCGAGCUAUGAGGAAGAAACUCAGCCCUUUGACACCAACCAGCUUUAACCCCGUCAUCACUUCACAGACGUCGGACUCUGAGGAACACUCGGCGUCUGAGCACAUCCCCCCGGGUUACGAGGCCGUGUCUCUGCUGGAGGCUCUCAACGGCCCCCUAGCCACGUCCUCCGUGGCGCCCCCUCUCAACUCCGGCCCCAGUCACGUGUCGGGGGCACUGCCCCCGUAUGGCAGUGAAGCCCACCCGGCGGCGGCCCGCUCCCUCUCCCCGCUGGACCAUUCCAACUCAAGUCAGGGGCUCAAACUCAAGAAGAGCAGUUCCAAGUCGCUUUCCCAGGAUUCCUCAGUGCUUCCCGAGGAAGAGGACGAGAAGUCUUGCAGUGAAUUAGAGGCCCGUCGCCACAAACCGCAGGAGUGUGGAGUCACGCCAGACAGUGAAAAUCUAACUCUCUCUUCUUCCGGAGCCAUCGAUCAGUCGCCGUGCACCGGAACUCCGCUCUCCUCCACUAUCACUUCCCCUGAAGACCCAGUGAGCAGCAGCCUGGCCCAGUCAGUGAUGUCCAUGGCCUCGUCCCACUCGCAGCACUCCCACAUCAGCACUGACACCAUGUCCUCCAUGUCAGGGUCCUACCUGGCUGGGGCGGACGGCGAGCCCGGGGGGGGCCGGGAGGGGGUUGAUGCGCAGAGCGAGGAGAACCGGGACACCCCCAUGGAGAGCCGAGGACCCUCACAGCUGGAAGGGGAGACAACAGAACUGAAGUACUCUGUGGCUGUCGAGGAGCAGGACUCAGAGGGAAACGAUGUCACGGAAGAGGACCGCUCCUCGCCAUCGAAUGGCAAAGGUGGGCGGAGCAGGUUUCCCGAGUUGGCCAAUAACAAUCAGGGCGUCGCCCUGUGUGACACGCCCUCUUUGGGCUUGGACAAUGAGCAGGCUCCUGACGGCCGAUUCGCCGGUCUGAUGUACCUUGGCGGCUACAGGCCCAUUUUGGACUCCACCAGCAACCGGGAGGAGCAGGGGGUGGAGAACCGGGAGGGCCAGAGUCCCAAACACCCUCGCCGUGGGCCUCUUAUCGUGUAGCUCGUUCACACGCACGCACACACACACACACACACACACACGCACACACACACACGCACACAAACACUACUACUAGUGGAACUUCCUACUCUGUGCUUCAUCGCUGGGUAAUGGCUGAACAGGGAACCCCGCCAGCACCACCAUCUUCUCCAGUGAGGUGUUAUCCGAGCACUUUUAUAUCUAUUUUAUUUUUGAGUCUGUUUUUAUUUAUUACCCGUAGGUCUAACUUACCCGUGACAGUUUCAUGUUGUGAGUUUAUGGUUAGAAGUUGCUGCUGCUGCUGCUGCUGCUGCUGCUCCUCCUCCUCAUCAAUAUGACCAGCCAAUCAGUCAGGGGCUACUGUGAUCUGCAAUCACCAUGUUGGGCGGUCUACCUUAGUGCGCUAAAUGCUAAAAACAAAGCCUGCUCAUCUCUGGACAACCUCUGCUGAAUGUGAAAUGAAAGCAGACUUGGACUUGAACAUUAAACGAAUGUAGGAUGAUUACCUCCCAGGCGGAGGUUCUACUUUUAAGGUAGGAUGGGCAUUUGACUGGUUUGCCUUGAUUCUUUGGAAAAUUAGCACUCAGUUAAUCGAUUUAUUGGUAUACACUACUCCCCAAACGUAAGGGAUAUUGGGCUUUUGAGUGAAGUGGAUGUCCUUGGAAAUGUUCAUGGAGCAAACAGCUGUUUUGAAUUUGGCCAUUCAGCUUCUUAAAAGCAAGUUGUGCAAAACGUACUGAAACAUUGAACAGUUGGACGGACAUUCUAAAGCUUAGAGAAGGUCAAAUUAAGUUCACCUGUGAAAGUUAUAGUGCAUUUGAGGUUCAUCCUGGAAUUUGAUCGAAAGCCGUAUAUCCCUAACCUUUUGUGAGUCUGGUAUCUUUAACAUUUGUUCUCGUUGAAUGUUCUGUUUUGAAAGGUCCCUUUAAAGAAGUUAAGACGGUCUGCGUUUUCCAAUUCACUGUCCUUUGUUACGUUUCCAGCUAUACUGAGGCAGUGUGAAAGGGGCCGAUGAUUCAGAAAUCAGUGAUUAUUAUGCCCAUCCCUGUCCACACUUAUCCAUUCUUAGAACUGGAAUCGUACCCCCGACCACCCAGCCAUGUUAGCAUGUCCGUAUUGUUGCAUUGCAAUUUUUGAAGCCACCACCAAGCAAUAAAAAAUGGCUUCAUUUUCUCCUCAGUUUGCACUGGUCGGCUACAUGUAGACUUUUUUUUUUUUUUUGCUAUUGUAAAGGGACUUUUAGUAAGAGACAUUCAUAUCCCGAUGAUCCAUUUUUUAGUUAACCUCUUGAUGUUGAUUUGUGUUUUUAUCUGUUGCGAAGCACUGUGUCGUUAAUUAGAAUGUGGAUGAAACUAUGUGAAACAUUUGUAAAGUUUUACACACACACAUACACACACACACACUCACGUACUGUAGCUGAUUAUAAAGGGACAUUGAUGCACUAUUAGCCGUUUCCUAGGCGACGUAACGUUGCGGUGCAUGAGGCUGAAGUUGAAGCAUGAAAAGAAGAGGAUGAAGAUCUCUGCGUGAGUGUCGCGUCGCGAGGCCCUCCGUUUCCCGGGCUGUCACAUGAUCACAGUCACACGGCCACAGUAUGAAUGUGUCGUAGGUGGAGAAUCAAAUAAUCUGUAAGAACAACCCACUUUUGUAGGAUUGUAGGCGUGAACGUGAGACAGACAAUAAAGUUUUGUUUUUUUGCAACUUCACAGUCGAGUUUGACUG